CGCCACCGCCCCUCGCCGGCCGCGGAAUCCGCACGCCCACGCCCGGAUUCGCGCGGCGCCGGCCGCGGAUUCGUGGCCCCACCCCCGCCCGCCGUCGCCGUCGCCGGAAACCCUAGAUCCGCCUCCGCCUCCGCCGCCAUGUUCUGGCGCAUGACCGGCCUGUCCGCGGCCUCGCCCGUGGAUACAAUCCUAGACAAGGAAAAUUUUACACUGGAAGAACUUCUUGACGAGGAUGAAAUUAUUCAAGAGUGCAAAGCUCUGAAUACACGACUCAUAAAUUUCUUGCGUGACAGAGCCCAGGUGGAGCAAUUGCUUCGUUAUGUUGUGGAAGAAGUACCAGAUGAUGCUGAAAAAAAGCGCUCUUUCAAGUUUCCAUUCAUUGCUUGUGAGAUAUUUACAUGUGAAAUUGAUGUCAUUUUGAGGACCCUAGUCGAGGAUGAACAGUUAAUGGAAUUGCUUUUCUCAUUUGUGAAAUCCGAUCAUCCACAUAGCACAUUGUUAUCUGGUUACUUCAGCAAGGUGGUAAUAUGUUUGAUGCUGCGGAAGACUGCUCCUCUUAUGGCUUAUGUUCAGGGACAUCCAGAAAUAGUUGUCCAACUCGUUGACCUGAUUGGCAUCACAUCAAUAAUGGAGGUGUUAAUACGAUUGAUUGGUGCUGAUGAGACCAUAUACUCAAACUAUGGCGAUACAUUGCAGUGGUUAGAAAAUACAGAUGUCCUUGAAAUGAUUGCUGAUAAGUUUAGCUCAUCGGACUCCCCUGAAGUGCAUGCCAAUGCUGCCGAAAUUCUUUGUGCCGUGACUCGAUGUGCUCCUCCAUCUCUUGCUGCAAAGAUAUGCAGCCCAAGUUUUGUUGGGAGGCUAUUUCGUCAUGCACUUGAAGAAUCAAGGCCCAAAUCCGUUCUAGUUCAUUCAUUGUCAGUGUGCAUAUCUCUGUUGGAUCCAAAAAGAUUGGCAUCAGCUUCCUAUCAAGCAUUUAGAAGCAACUUAAGUCACGGGGCGUUGGUCACUGCCAGUCCAGAGACUGUUGAUGGCAUGCUUGAGAGCCUAGGCAAUUUGCUGAAGUUAUUGGAUACUUCUGAUGCUGAAAAUGUUUUGCCUACGACAUAUGGAUGUUUACGCCCACCCCUUGGAAAACAUCGUUUGAAGAUUGUGGAGUUCAUCUCAGUUCUGCUGACAAUUGGCAGUGAAACUGCUGAGAAAGAGCUUAUCAGGCAAUCGGCAAUAAAGCGAUCUGUUGAUUUAUUCUUCGAGUACCCAUAUAACAAUUUUUUGCACCAUCAUGUUGAGAAUAUUAUUGUCUCUUGCCUGGAGGGUAAAAGAACUGAACUUGUUGAGCAUGUUCUUAAUGACUGUGACAUUGUUGGUAAAAUUCUUGCCGCGGAAAAACUUUCUUCUUUGUCAACAGAGUCUACUGGGCCUACUAUACCUUCAGAUGGUAAAUCGAUUCCCAAAAUUGGGAAUAUUGGUCACAUGACAAGAAUAACCAACAAGCUUAUUCAGUUGGGAAGCAGUAACGGCACAAUCCAGAUUCACUUGCAGGAAAAUAGUGAGUGGGUUGACUGGCAAACAGAUGUUCUAGUCAAGCGUAAUGAGGUGGAGAAUGUUUAUCAUUGGGCUUGUGGGCGCCCAACAUCACUUCAUGACCGUGGUAGGGAUAGUGAUGAUGAUGACUUCCGAGACAGGGAUUAUGAUGUGGCAGCUCUUGCUAAUAACUUGAGCCAGGCAUUCCGAUAUGGGAUAUAUAGCAAUGAUGAUAUGGAAGAGAAUCAAGGGACACUUGAACGGGAUGAUGAGGAUGUCUAUUUUGAUGAUGAAUCAGCAGAGGUCGUAAUAUCUUCACUGCGACUGGGAGAUGAUCAGGAUGGCAGUUCCCUCUUUACAAAUUCGAAUUGGUUUACAUUUGAUGGAGAGAGAGGUAUUACUGACCGUUUGGCUGCGGUUCCUUCGUCUUCACCUAAUUCAGAGGAGAUUUCCCCAGACACUGAGGAAACUGAUGAUGGUGAAGUCGUCAUUGGUACUGAGGAUCAUAUGGAUACUGUCAAUCUUGGGAAUGGUCCUAUCGAGGAGGCAGAAGAUGCAGCGGAAUUUACUAAACACCCGGCUACUAGCACGGAGGAUGAGCAACUACAAAACGCUGAAGGGAUUGAGCGACACCUGGAUGUUUCAAAUGGUGAUGCUGAAGCUAGUACAGAAGCUGCAGAGGCAGCACCAGUAUCUUCAGCCCCAUCUUCUGAUGAGGUGCAGACAGAGAGAACUGCAGAUGAACCCACUGGCUCAUCUGAUUCGGGUAAUUCUGUCUCAGAAGUUUUGCCAGAUCCUGAAGAUAGUAGCAUUGAUCCAGCCAACACAGCAGUAUCGUCUGAACAAACUGUGGAUAACGAAGACGUGGAGUUACCAACUAAGGAAGUUCCGUCUGUGGAUGUUGAAACUAAAACCGAUGAAAUCAAAGCAAAUGAGUGAAGGGGCAGGAAAUCUCAUGGGCUAAAAUGGCAUAGUUGACCAGAACAGUUGUUAGUCAGAUCGGUCAGAAAGACAAGCAAGCCUCACCUGCUCAUCAGGCAUGGACAUGUCCGAAGCAAACUGCUGUACAAUAAAAAGAGUGUACUAUUUUUGCCAUCCAUUGUGGUCUAUCCCUGUACAAAAAUGAUCACCAUCAUCUAACCGCACGCUCGUCAUCGCAACAUCUGAAACUGGUCAAAAUUUGUUUCAAGUUCGCCUCCAGUUCAUGGGAAAAAUAGGUUGGUGCCAAACGUCAUUUGUCAGUUAGUCUCUGUGUCGUGUCUUGAUAUAUGGAAAAGAACAUUCUUUGGAUGGCAGCUAGUUUUGUCAACGUGGUCUUUUGUUUCCUUUUAGGUUUAACACUUUGAACUGUAAUAUGGGAUGUGCUAUUUAUUUAUAGCCUAGCUAUUAUUUGUAAUUUUUUCCAACAUGACGUGGGUCAGUUCAAAUGGAACACGUCCUUUUUGAUAAAAACAAAAUUUCUCUGCACUCUUA